AUGCUCGCCAUGUAUGAGGAGUGGACAAGUUUGUUUGACGGGGUCAUUGACAUAGAACCCAUGAUGAAUGAUGCAGAGGAACAUUCAUCGGCAGACGACAAUAGUCCGGGGGCCGCUCCCCAUGACAGCUUAGGUCACAUUGGUGAAACCGCGGAUGGAUGUAAUAAUAAUAUGAGCCUUUCCCCGAAUUACACCGAGGGUGCUGGGAUUAGCUUUAUGAGUCUUCUAUUCAACGAUCCCCGAUGGAGGGAGCAAAACCAGAAGCUUCUUCAAAAUCUAUCCAAGAGGGCCACCAUUCUAGAGACCAGUGUCCAGCAGAAUCCACUGCCAUCAGCUCAAGAGGCCUUGGUUGUAUUCAACAGUUACUUGGGAGCAUCUCAUGUCCAGAACCCCUUCUUGCUGCGUCGAUAUGUGCAGGAUCUGUACCAAACACUCUUCCCCGAAAGUCUGGAAGACCAACAUGCACGUGCUAGCGGCGGUCAAACAACGGAGCACCAACUAUUUCGGACAUUCAUGAUACUUGCCAUCGGCGCCAUCCCACUGUACCGAGCCGGCAAGCACCAGUACCACCCUUACGGCUAUUUUCUUUCCGCGUUGAAACACCUCGAAGAAGGCUUUCUCCUGAAAGGCUUGGAGUCCAUUCAGGAUCUGUUGCUCGUAAGCAGAUUUGGCAUAUACUAUCACAUUGGUACUUCUAUAUGGGAAUUGAUCCAACUUAGUACCAGAAUGUGUAUUGAGCAGGGUCUACAUAAGUGUCGACCUCGAAAAAGCCCAGAUGACCAUCUGCUAGAGGAGCAACUGCGGAGACGGGUAUUCUGGCAGUGUUAUAUGCUGGAUCGAUACACCUCUGUAAUGUUGGACCGCCCACCCGCGAUAGCCGACAAAGACAUUCAGGUCGGGUUUCCGGCCGACGCAGAUGAUGAGGAGCUCGAGUUGGCCGGGCAGUCUGGUGUAUUUGCUGACCUAGAUUCCUUCUAUUGCAUGAGCACGGCACACCUGGAUUCUAUGCAUACAACUGAGACUUCGGUGUUUCUCCUCUGCUUGCGACUACGCAAGAUUACCUCAAAGAUCCAUACAAGAUUUCAGCAAAAGGCCAAGGGGAUAGCUGAGCAGGAGAUGUCACAAAUUGAAUUGGCCACAGCCAGCGGAACCAUAUAUUUAGAUCUUGACGAGCUACUGAAUGAGCUAGAGAGUUGGAGGAACUCUGCGCCUGUCUUCUCCAACCCAAAAUGCUUGUAUGAGAGGCAGGAGUGGUACGAUCUGCUCCUGAUGCGAGAGCGAUUACUUAUUAUCCGCAAAGCAAUUGAUCUCGUGCCUAAACGAAACAAUGUGCCUCCGCAGGACCUUCUCAGAAUCUGCCUUGAAUUUUCCGUGGGGACUAUUACUACUUUCUGUGCAAUGUUUGACCAGGGGCUUGUGACAUACACACGCAGUUACUUCCAGACUUUGUUCACUGCGGGAUUAUCUGUCAUGUUUUGUGUUUCAGUUGUAGAGGACCUUGAUUAUCAGACCAUAAAGAGUGCUUUUGAAGCUGUCAAGAAGGGCGAGAAAACAUUGAAGCUCAUGGUCCAGGAGCUUCCUGAUGCGGUUCACUAUGUCGCUCUAUAUAAAGCAUUGCGGGCCGACAUCUUGCGCAAGACAAAGAACCAACGACCAGACGCAGUGGAUGGCGAGCAACAUAUCCCAUUUGAUACCACUCACCAAAGUGGAAGCAUACAAUUCCUCCUGGACGGUAGUGUGAAUACUGAAAAUGAACAUCCUGCACCCGCCAUUGAACAUAACCCGCCGUGGCCCAUUCUGACGCCCGAUGCAAGUACGAACGAGGCCCAUAUGAUACAGUUGCAAGAUGCAGCCAUAGAGAACCAACAAUUAUCAUGGGACAUAUUCGGGGACAACGUCUUCUGGAGUAUGGAGGCCGGGAUGUUAGGGGAGUACGUGUACGGAUCUUCAGCUGCGGGUCACUUCCUGGACAUAUAG